AUGGAGUGCUCUCAGACAGUCUUUCCUGGUGACCAUGCCUCUGUGCGCCAGGCGAUCCCCCGUAUGGAGCAAUGGCAUUUCUACUGCGACUAUCACACGAGAUCCUGGGAAAACACAGAAAGUCAGGGGAACAUAGUGCACGUGCAGAAGACACCCUUGUCUGUGAGAGUUGGACACUUUCUCUCCUACACCAUGUCAGAUUCAAACAGAACCGACUUCACCAACCCCUCCACCUUCAUCCUACUUGGCAUUCCUGGCCUAGAGGUAGCCCAUAUCUGGAUCUCCAUUCCCUUCUGUGCCAUGUACACCAUAGCCAUCUUGUUGAACUCCACCAUCCUGUUCAUUGUGAAGAUGGAGCCGAACCUCCAUGGCCCCAUGUUCUAUUUCCUCUGCAUGUUGGCCAUCAGCGACCUGGUCAUGUCCACAUCCACUAUGUACUCUGUUCACUCCUUCUCAGGGAUAGAGUCUGGAAUCCUCGUGGCCAUGUCUCUGGAUCGCUACGUGGCCAUCUGCCAUCCCGUGAGACAUUCCGCGACCCUGACAAACUCUGUUGUGGUCACUAUAGUCCUGGCUGUGGUGCUGCACAGAGGCAUACUCACAUUACGCUAUCCCUUCCUGGUGAGGCGGUGGCCAUAUUGCAGAACCAACAUCAUCCCACACUUCUAUUGUCGGCAUGUAGCUGUGGUGAACUUGGCCUGCUCUGACAUCCGAGUCAGUAGUUACUAUGGCCUGUUUAAUCUUUAUUCUGUGAUCGGAAUUGAUGUGUUUUUUAUCUCAGUGUCCUAUACUCAGAUCCUCCGGGCCAUCUUCCGCCUGCCUACAAAGGAUGCCCGGUUCAAAACUUUUGGAACCUGCAUCUCUCAUCUUUGUGCUAUCUCAACUUUGUGCAUCCCAGAUUUAUUCUCCUCUCUCAUGCACCGGUUUGGCCAGAAUACGCCACUUCAGUUCUUCGUUCUCAUUGCCAGUGUAUACUAUCUGGUACCCCCUGUGCUACAUCCAAUCAUUUACAGGGUGAGGACCAAGCAGAUCCGGGACAGGCUGCUCCACCUCUUUACUAAUAAAAAGACCUAA